GUGGCAGUCCUGUCGCCAGCGUCUCCCGGAGUCGAGCCUGCAGACGAAGCGGGGGCAGAGCAACUCGCGCCGAGCAGCGAGGAGGCGGCAGUCCAUCCGCCAGCGCCUCGUGCUGCCUCUGGGGCCGAGGAGCCGAGGGCGGAGCCGCUCGAGCCAGGCAGCGAGGAGGCGACCGUCCUGCCGCCGACGCCUCCUGCUGUCGAGAGGGCGGACGAGCAACUCCCGCUGGGCAGCGAGGGUGCGGCCGCUCGGCCGCCAGCGCCUCCUGCUGCCGAGAUCACAGAGGAGGCGGUUUCUGAGCAGCUCGCGCGGGGUAGCGAGGAGGCAGCAGUCCGGGCGACGGCGUCUCUUGUUGCCGAGAUGGCAGAGGAGCGGGUGGCGGAUCAGGUGGCUCUGGACGGCGAGGAGGCAUCAGUCCCGCCGCCAGCGCCUUCUGAUGCCGACGCGGCAGUGGAGCUGAGGACGGAGCAGAUCUCUCCGGGCAGCGACGACGCGCCGGUUCAGCCGCCAGCGCCUCCCGCUGCCGAGGCCGCAGAGAGUCCGGUGAUGGAGCAGCUCGCGCCGACAGGCGAAGGGGUGGCAGGCUCGCCGCCAGCGUCCCCCGCUGCCGAGCGCGCAGAGGAGUCGAGGACGGACCAGUUCGCGCCAGGCGGCGAGGAGGAGGAGGCGGAGGAGGAGGAGGAGGAGGCGACAGCCCAGUCGCCAGCGUCUGCUGCUCAUGAGCCCGCAGAGGAGCCGGGGGUGGAGCAGCCCACGCCGUGCAGCGAGGAGGCAGCUACCCAGUCGCCAGCGUCUCCCAUUGCCGAGCCGACGGAGGGGCUGAUUGCUGUGCAGAUCGCAGAGAGCGGGAGACAGGCGCCAGUCCAACCGCCAGCGUCUCGCAAGCUGCAGCUGCCGGCAAUCUUUCAGUCUUGCAUAUCUGCACAGCCUUCCAUGCGAGUGUCGUUGUCUGAGCACCCUGUGGUAGAGCCUGCAAAGGAGCCGAGUACGGAGCAGCACGCGCUGGGCAGAGAGGCGGCGUCAUGCCAGCCGCCAGUGUCGCCCGCUGCCGCGCCCACAGAGAAGCUGAUGGCGGAGCAGUUCGCGCCGAGCGGCGAAGAGACGGCAGUCCAGCCAUCGGAGUCUCCUGCUGCAGAGCCCGCAGAGGAGCUGAGAACUGAGCAGCUGCCUCCGAGCAGCGAGGAUGCGGCAGUGCAGCUGUCAGCAAGCCCUGCUGCUGAGUUUGCAGAGGAGCUGGGGACAGAACAGCUUGUGCCUAUUAGCGAGGAGGAAGAGAAGGAGGAUGAGGAGGAGGAGGAGAAGGCAGUCCCUCCACAGGCGUCUUCAACUGCCGAGCUCGCAGAGGAGCUCAGAAUUCAGCAGCUGCCUCCAAGCAGCGAGGAGGAGGAGGAAGAGAAGGAGGAGGAGAAGAAGGGGGAGAAGAAGGAGGUGGAGGAGGAGGAGGCGGCAGUGCAGCUGGAAAUGUGUCCUGUGACUGAGCCCACUGAGGAGCUGAGAAUACAGCAGGUGCCUGCCAGCAGCGAGCAGACGGCAGUGCAGCUGGCAGCGUGCCCCGCUGCCGAGUUUGCAGAUGAGUCAGAGACGCAGCAGCGCGCGCCCAGCAGCGAGGAGGAGGAGGUGGAGGAGGAGGAGGAGAAGGAGGCAGGCGGCCGUCGAGCACCCGCUGCCGGGAUUGCGGAGGAAAUGGGUUCAGAGCAGUUUGUGCCGAGCAGCGAGGAGGCGCAAGCCCGGCCGCCAGCACCUCCAGCUGCCGAGCCCGCAGAGAGUGUGAGGACGCAGCGGGUGCUGAUCAGCAGCGACGAGGCGAGUUUCCAGUCGCCAGCUCUCGCCGCGGAGACGGCAGAAUGUCUGGGGAUAGGCCAGUCUGCGCCGAAUGGCGACGAGGCGGCAGCCCAGCUGCCAGCGUCCCCCGCGGCCCAGCACGCGGAGCUGCCCGGCACGCAACAGCUCGCACCGAGCCGCCAGCAGGCCGCAGCGCGGCCGCCAGCUCCUCCCGCCGCGGACCUCGCAGACGAGCCGAGGCCCGAGCAGCUCGCGCCGAGCAGCGGGGAGGCGGCCUCCCAGCUGCCAGCGCCUCCCGCGGCCCAGCCCGGAGAGGAGCCGGGGGCUCAUCGGCUCGCACCCGGCGGCGCGGAGGCGCUCCUGGGGCCGCCGGCGCCUCUCGCCGCCGAGGCCGCGGGGGCAGACGGAGCUGCCCGCCGCGAGCGCGCGGGCUGCCCGCUGCCGCCGCGAGGGGCAGAGCAGCGCGCGCCGAGCGGCGACGCUGGGUGCCAGGCCGCCGAGCAGCCGCCGCCGUGCGGCGAGGAGACCGUGGUCGGGCACGCCGCCAGAGGUCUCCUGGCCGAGGGCCUCGCGCCAUGCAGCGGGGAGGCGGCCGCCGCUGGGGCCUCGGCGGCGAGCGAUCUCUGCGACUGGCCAGUGCAGCUCGAGGAGGGCACGAUAUACAUGGCCCCGCUGGACCUGGGCCUCGACUUCUUGGAGGAGGAAGCAUGUUCGCCAAGGGAAGCCCCCACUGGUGCCAAUGCCGCCAGGCCGCUGGCGGCCGCCGCCGCCGCCGUCGGGCCAGCUCCCGGAGCGUGCGCGCCCGCGCAACAGGCGCGGGCGCCUGCGCCUGGGGAGGGCCCCGCGAGCAGCCCGGUGCAAGAGGUGCCGUGCCCGGCUGACCGCGUCGAUAUUCAGGACCUGCUGCAGCUCCACUCUGACGCCAUGAGGGUGGGCAGCUGGAAGACCAUGGGCGACCGGCUGGAGGAGAGGCUCGGCGACCGGAGCCCUGGCGCCUCCCAGAGGCCGCAGUUGCCGCCGCCUGGCGCGGGCGACGGCGCGUCGCUGUCGGCCGACUGGGUGCGGGAGCGCUGGCAGGAGCUGCGCACGCCGGGCCAGUCCUGCCGCACCUCCCGGCGAUCCUCUCGGCCUACUUCGGCAACCUCAGCAACUGCGCUUGCGACGCGGUCGUUCGCGGAGCUCGCCUCCGUCAGCUCGUUUCAGAUGAAGCUGGCACUGCUGCGGCACGAGGAGGAGCGGGAGGAGGCCGCGACGGCCAGCCGGGCGGCCGCCUGGCUCGGUCUGGCCUCGGCGCCCGCAGCCUCGGCGCCCGCCGCGCUGGCGCUGCCGGCGCCGGGCGUGCUGCCGCCCGCCCCGGACUUUGACCCGCCGCCGUGCCCGCCUGGCCGCGGUGUCUUCGGCGCCUUCGCGGCAGAGGCACCCGCGUGUGCAUGA